GUGACAUUUUACUUCCUGGCUCGCUUAAUACUUAAAGCAACUGAAAAAGAAAGUAUUCUUAAAUGUAAAAUACACAUUUGUAAACUGGAAAGUUUGUUAGUGUUAUUUAUGGACAGAAAAAGUGAAGGAAUGGAAACUGAAUAACACACCAAACAUGGCUGAUGGCGGAUCUCUUCAGCGGGAAAUUUAUAGUCGUGUAGAAUCGCACAAGGACAACACUACGGAUGGAACAAGCGUCAUCGGCAAUAGUACAGACACAAUGAACGGUGACGCUGACGACGCGCCUGCGCUGGACCCUGGUAGCGACAUCCGGUUGGAGGACGUCGAGAGUAUGGAUCUGGGAGAUGUCUUCGACUUCCUGGAGGCCCGAGAGGUGCCGUGUCCGGACGUGGUGGAUCUGAAGGAGAUGCACGAUCUUGUCCGACGGACCCUAAGACAGGAGGCGGACAAUGCACCGUCUUGCCCAGCCGCCGGCGCCGAUGAUGGCAGGGACGGUCACCUAGCCGAGGCCCUGACUAAGGACACUGUGAUGAAACAAGAGCUGGCGGAGAUAUACGACCGUGUGAUUCCAUUUAUACGGACGGGCCUCAAUACUGAUCUACGGGAUCCCCUUAUCAAGCUGUACGGAACGAACUUUGAGGCCCGUCUGGAGCAGAACCGGAGCGAGCUGUUGGAUGGAGAGUGUCCAAUCGUCGUAGCGGGGGAGACAAGCGCGGGUAAGAGCAGUCUACUGAACCUGCUGUUGGGGACGGACAUCCUGCCACACUCCCUUCUUUCCUCCACCUCCACCAUCUGCCGCCUCCACAACAUCCGCAGCACGGACAAGCGCCGCUUUGUCGUCUACCCGGAGGGUGGCGGCGCGAGUGUGUGUCACAAUAUUGAGGAGGGCCGCGAGAAGGAAGCGCUGGAGAAACUGAAGGUCGCCGUCAGCGAGAACAGGAGCAAUCCUGGGGAGUAUUGCUCUCAAGUCGAGAUAUACUGGCCCAUACCACUCUUAGGGGAGAAUACCCAGGUGACGAUCGUGGACACCCCGGGAGUGGGAGAAAGUGGCGAGAUGACUAGCCGCCUCUUCCGGUACCUACCACACGCAAUUGCGUUUAUCUACGUUCUCAACAGCGCGAACGCCGGUGGAAUACAGGAAGAUAGGCUGUUAGAGAUCGUUCGAGAACAGCAGAGGGACGCUAAGAAAGGUGGCAUGUCGGGGUUUGACCCGGCUUGUACGAUGUUUGUCUGUAACAAGUGGGACAUAGUCGAGGACAGGGAAGGGAGACAACCGGGGACGGAGAAGAAGGUCUGGGAAGACACGCUGAAUAAGUUGGAGAAAUAUUUCCCGAACUACAACCCGGACCUCGUGUACAAGAUGUACACCACACAGGCCCGGCGAUACCAGGCUAACAAAAUGGGUCGGACGGAAAAACUGAAACGCUUGAUGGAAGGAUUCGAACAGCUCGUGCCUGCCAGCCUGCUCGGGAAAAUCACAAAACACUACAGAUGGCUUGACAAGCUUUUGGAGCGUCUGCAAUCGUUUGUGGCGACCCGGAUCAACCGCGCACGUGACUCAGAUGAGGAGAAGCAGCGCCUGCACGACACUGUCACCAAGCGACUCAAUACACUGAGCAUGGACGCCGGAAAGGUGAAGGACAGCCUUAUGAAGAGGGCGCGAGAGGCUUGCGAGGAUAUGUCGCGCCUUUUGCACGGACACCUCAACACACCGGAAGUGCAGGACCAGCUGAAACACUGGACGGACCUGGAGGCGCCCUCACUCGAGGCGGACGACAUUGAGGCCACACGUUUUAAAGGCGACAAUGCCAUAAUGGAGCGGAUUCGCGGAAAGAUUCGCGACUGGGGGCACGAGACAGGGCACGUGAGGCACGCGCUGGAGGACCUAACGCGCCGCUUCCGGGAGAAGUGUCGGCUACUUUCCGAGGAGACGAAAAAACUCGAGGUCAUCAUUGAAGGCGAUCCGCUAGGGGACGAUGUCGCGUUUCCGCUAGGAAGAAAAUCAGUGGCUGUAGAGGACACACAGUUGUUUUCCAAAAGCGAGAAGAUUAUCCUGGUGGUGGCGGCGCCGCUCUGGGUUCCCAUAGUGACGGCGGCGUCUCUCCUUUUUCUUCCGGUCGGUGUUGGCAUGCUUAUCCGUGAGAGCAUAAAGGUGAAGUCGCAGCGGGUGGCAUACGAGGCGGACAAAGCCGGAAGUAUGCGGAAAUGGACGGAACUGAUUAUGUCCGCCAUGUUUACCCGAGAAAAUAUUAAGGAGUUCAUUUUUGAGACAUACUUUAACAUGUUCGAAAUGAAAAUCAAUGAGUUGUGUGAUAAAAAGAUUCCGGAUUUGAUCGCGGCAGAUCGAGAACAAGUGAGGAACAUACAAAAAGACAGACGAACUGCUAAAGAAAUUUUGGAUGACUUUAAACCGGUGCAAGAAAAGCUGAUGACAAUACUGGGACAUCUGAGGUUGUAUGAACUACGUCACGUGGCCACUGACGUCAUCGAUGUGACUCAACUGCGACGAGAGAGGGAGGCCGGGAGCGGAAACUUUUCGACGGUGUAUAAGGCGCGCUUGGAACUGCCUGGGGAGGGAGGGAGUCACGUGGUGGCGCUUAAGGUGCUCAAACGGCGGCUGGACGGGGAAGAAAUGUACACACAGUUGACGGAAGUUGAAAGCCUAAGGCGGCUAAAACACGAAAAUAUCGUGGAGCUGAUGGGUGUUUGUUACUCGGAUUUGCUGCCGCCGUUUGGUGCCCAGGGGGAACCCGAGCCCCAGAGUGCUCCUAAACUCAUGAUGGUACUUGAGCACUGCGACACCAGCCUAGAGACACUGGUCUUUGAUAAUGAAGAUCUCAAGUGCGGGUCCCAGUCAGACAACCGGCGUAAAGAUGCCCUUGCAUUCUACCAGCGGACAGCAGCGGGUAUUUGUGAGGGCCUCACCUACAUCCAUGACAAGAAGUAUGCGCAUAGAGAUCUCAAACUCUCAAACGUCCUGAUGAAAAGAGACGUAGCCAAGUUAUGUGACCUGGGAUUCGCGAGACAGGAAGUAGACAUCACAGGAACGUUCGUGGGCACCAUGUCUCACAUGUCUCCAGAAAUGCUCUCCAACAAGCGGUACACAUACAAGACAGACAUUUACAGCCUCGGGAUUCUCCUCUGGGAGCUAUGGUACGGCCGUUAUGUGUACUCUGAGGACGAAUACCGUACCAUACAUUGGACUGUUCUUAUUGAUGCUAUCAAAGCAGGGACCCGGCCUAGAUGUGACAAGAAAUACGCCAUGGUGGAUAGUCUUAGAGAAAUGGUUGAAAAAUGCUGGGAUAAUGAUCCAACAAUUCGUCCUGAAGCAAGGGAUGUUGCUGUUAUAAUCAAGGCUUUGUAGAAAAAAAAAAACAACAUUACGGCAUUAUGCUUAUAAUAGAAGUUUUUUAGAAUAAACAUUUCAACAGAAUUACGCUUAUAUUUAUGGUUUUUUAAGAAGAAAACACAUUUUGCCUUUAUGCUAAUGAUAUAGGUUUUGUUAGACUAAACAACUUGACGGCAUAACGCUUAUUAUCAAGGCUUUUUGAGAAGGAACAACUUUAUGGCAUUACGCUUAUCAUCAAGGCUUUGUAAGAAGGAACAACUUUGUGACAUUACGCUUAUCAUUAAGGCUUUGUAAGAAGGAACAACUUCAUGACAUUACCUUAUCAUCAAGGCUUUAUAAGAAGGAACAACUUCAUGACAUUACGCUUAUCAUUAAGGCUUUGUAAGAAGGAACAACUUUAUGACAUUACCUUAUCAUUAAGGCUUUGUAAGAAGGAACAACUUCAUGACAUUACCUUAUCAUCAAGGCUUUGUAAGAAGGAACAACUUCAUGACAUUACCUUAUCAUCAAGGCUUUGUAAGAAGGAACAACUUCAUGACAUUACCUUAUCAUCAAGGCUUUGUAAGAAGGAACAACUUCAUGACAUUACCUUAUCAUUAAGGCUUUGUAAGAAGGAACAACUUUAUGACAUUACGCUUAUCAUUAAGGCUUUGUAAGAAGGAACAACUUCAUGACAUUACCUUAUCAUCAAGGCUUUGUAAGAAGGAACAACUUUAUGACAUUACGCUUAUCAUUAAGGCUUUGUAAGAAGGAACAACUUUAUGACAU